GCCCCAGUCGCAAUUCGGAUUUUUUCUAUAAAAGCAAGCGCGCAUGUUGCAGUUGCAACAAAUAUUAGAUUUUUUUAGUUUCGCGAGCAACCGAGAAGUGGCCAAAUAUGUUAUGAAAACCAACUGUAAACGUAUUAUCGACAACCUUAGGGCAACUACGUAGUGUUUAAGCAAAAGAAAAAUGAAAGUUAUAAGCAGUGCUAAAAAUAUUCAAAGAGCAACAACGACGCCGUGAACUGUUCGAGUGACUUCGUGUAUGUGUGUGGUGUGAUAUUAAAGAAUAUUUCGCAAAUGUGUGCGUGUGUGUUGCCUUAAUUCAAUUGGCGAAAACUCAAUAAUUGCACACAGAAGCCGCAGCAAAGGUCGUUGUCGUCAUUCCCCCCUCCGGCUGCCCUUUGACGUCAGCAGCUGCGUCACAGUCAGCUGGCUAAACGAUGUCCCAUUGAGCCAAAACCAUAAAACGAAGGCGAAAGCAUCAUCAUGGAUAGCUCCAUGUACUACAAAGCUUUAGGCGACCGAGCAGCUGAUAGUAAUGUCAUUACAACAACAACUACAGAGGCUGCUUUGGUUAGCAAUACGGCAACGCCACGCGCCGAGGAUGGCGUCUCCAUGGACAAUUUCUACCCGGCGUUGGUGCAGUGCUUUGGCAUUAUCAUAUGUGGCUACAUUGCCGGUCGCUUCAAGAUCAUCAGCAAUGCGGAAACCAAAGGCUUGGCCACUUUCGUUGGCACUUUUGCGCUGCCUUCGCUGAUCUUUCUCUCGCUGGUGGAACUCAACUGGAACGCUGUUAACUGGACCUUUUUGCUAGCCAUGAUGAUCUCUAAGGCAUUUGUAUUCUUUGCCGUGCUCGUCAUCUGUCUGCUGGUGGCACGACCUUUAAACUAUGGACGCGCUGGCUUGAUGGCUAUCUUUUGUACACAGAGUAACGACUUUGCCAUAGGUUAUCCCAUAGUUAUGGCUUUAUAUAAGGAUGUGCAUCCGGAGUAUGCCUCGUAUUUGUAUCUCAUGGCGCCCAUUUCGUUGGCUAUACUGAAUCCCAUUGGUUUGGUGCUUUUGGAGAUUAGCAAGAUUAUCAAAAACAAAGAAGAAGUCACACGUAAUCCGCCAUUGUGUCCUGAAACCUGUCCCGCUGAGCAGUUGACCAAGCAACGUCGUUGCCUAGGCGAACGCACGAUUCUCGUAUUGAACACCAUCAAAUCGCUGUUCUUCAAUCCCCUGCUGUUGAUGACGCUUCUCGGCGUCGCCGGUGGUUUCCUGUUUCCCAAGGGGCUGCCUGAGAUGGUGGCCAGCGUGUUGCGCGUCUUUGGACAGAGUUUCUCAGCCACCGCGCUGUUUCUGCUGGGCCUGAAGAUUGUGGGCGGCGGCUCGGGCGCUCAACGCAAAAGUAUGGGCACGGGUUUGCUGUUGCCCAUGGUGCUUAUCUUGGUCAAGAUUUUGGUGCUGCCUUUGGUCUGUCGUCAGACUGUCAACAUUAUACAAGCUGGCGCCGACUUCAAUGACACCACCGAGCUGAGCACCUACGCCUUUCUCUAUGGCACUUUUCCGGCUGCUCCAGGCGCCUUUGUCAUUGCCACACAAUACAACAUUGAGGUGGAGCUGAUUGCUCGCAGCAUGGUUUUGUGCACUUUUAUCUCGGCGCCGUUGAUGUUUAUCUCGGCCAAGAUGAUAUCGUUGACAAAUCUAAAGCCCUUGGACUACUUGCAUGAGCUGGACGCCUUCUCCUUUGACAUAAGCGUGGCAGGCGCCGCUGCCUGUGUCUGGAUGCUGACGUUGUUGAUUGCCACCAAACGCUUUAAGCGCAUGCCACAACGCGUUACAGCUUGCUUGGUGCUAUCGCAGUUGAUGUGCUGCAUUGGCGUGAUACUCUGGUCGAAGCUGGAUCAUGUGGCUCGUUGGCCUUUGUAUCUACAAUUCUUCCUAUUCAACAUUGGCACUUAUAGCUCUCGUUUGUGGACUGCUUUAUUGGCCAUAACGCUGCUCUUUUUGCAAUGUCGCAGCUUGUGUUUUGUGCUUAAGCUCUGGCCUUACAUGCUUGUUUUCGCUUGGGGAGUUCCUGCUGUUAUUUCCGGUCUGCUGAUUGCUUUCGACGCCAAAUCGAUGCCCAGCGAGAAGCAAAAUCCCAGCUUUCAAUACGGAAAUGCUCAGGCUGCGAUUGCUGUCUUUAUGCUUGUGAUGUGCUUCAUAGUCACCGUGGGCUGCCUCGUGUUGCAUCAGCGCUACAAGAAACGCUAUGAGAAGUAUCUGACAUUUACGCGAGACUUAUCCAAUCCGGAUGCGGCAGCAUCCGAUUUGCAUUCAACUGUCUCCACAGCCAAUUUGUUGGCCAAUGCAGAUCGUUCCUCGAUACGUCAAAGCGUGCGCACCACAUCCUAUUCAUCGUCCUCAGAUGACGAUGAAAUGAUACCCACUGCAAGCACUGUGACGGUGAAUCGAUCCAGCGGUUCAGGUGGCUGCGGCUCAGGCGGCGGCAACUGCUGCUCAGGCUCAACAGUCACCACACCCACCACAGCUUCCACUGUGGUUAUGGAUAUUGAGGAUCUAUUAAAUCGCAGUCGACAGCGUAGUUCGGUGAACCCCAAGGACCUGGACAAAAUCGAUGUGGCGCCCACAACUGAAGCUCACAUGUGCAGCAGCUCGUACAACUGCGGUCCGAGCACGUCGCGUCAGAGCUGCCAGAAUAUCAUAGAACGCUAUGAGGAGCAGACACGCAGCGGGCUCGAGCCGUUGGAGCAUACGAGCGACUGCGAUGAGCAUCAAACAUUGAAGCACACCAUCCUAUUGAUCAUACUGCUGUGCUCCAUGUUUGUCGGCUUGGCCGUCUCCAUUUGGACGCUGGUCAUGGAGGGUAUGUCGGGCAUCUAUCUCGAAUUGAGUUUCCUCGAUGCUUUCCUCAAUUUCGGCCAAGGUUUGAUUGUCUUGGCGGUGUUUAUCAGCGACACAGGCGAGCUGUUGAUGCCGCUCAUCAAAUUCUGGCGGAAAAUAUGGUAUGGCGCUAAUGUGGUUAGUCUGCCGCAUUGGUCGAAUUUGCGUCCCGAGACCAAACAAAUUUGCGAACAAUUUCGCAAUCAUCACUUGGAGAACUGCAAAAAGGACAUUGCCAAAGACAGAAGAUGGCGCAUACGAGUGUAUCGCAAGGUCUUCUAUGGCAGCGAGUUUGUCAGCUGGCUUAUUGAGGUCGGUUUGUCCAAGGAUCGCAUGGAGGCUGUGCAUUAUGCGCGUCAUUUGGUCGAUGGUCGCGUCCUGCGGCACAUAAAUAAUGUCUAUCAUUUCGAAGAUAAGCAAUUGCUUUACAACUUCUGCAGUCGCAUCUAAGCGGCGACGACACUCGAGUGAUGGGAAGGAGAAUGAUGCAACUACGCCAAAAUAUAGUUUCGUUUAUUUUUAUUUGAAUUAAGAGGAAAUCAUGUAAUUUGUGUGCUGUGAUUGUACGCUAGGAAUGCACACACACACACGCACACACUUGUACAGACAGCCAUGCGUUAUAAGUGUGUAUGUGUGUGUGUGGGCACUAGAAAGGUCGUGUUUAUCGUAAACGUGAAAUUGUUUAUUGCCUAUUUAUAUACAAAAGGAAUACGAAGAAGAACUAGCUUUUCGCAAAUGUUUAUAAACUAAGUAGUUAAAGAAUUUGAAGAAGCAUACACUUUCGAGCUAUAGUGCAAUAAUCUAGACUAGUCUAAAAUAUAACGAAUUAUAAUUAUACGCAAAAAUACUGUGCAUAAAACAUGUGAAUGCAUAGCAAAACUAUAUUCUAUACAGAAAACAGAAACAAUGAUGAUGACAAAAACGAAAAACCGCAAAAGCAUGCUUACAAUAUAUAUUGUACACAGAUAAAAUAAAUAACUAGAUAUAUACAUACAUAUACAAACAUAAAUAUAUACCUCAGUGCGCCGUGAGGCGUUUACACAAACAAA